GACUUUUGGUACUCCGGAAUAGUCGAGAAUAAACGAUCACGACUAGACGAGAUUUCUCAUAGGUAGUUACUGUUGCGGAUUGUAAAGAAGACAAUCGAGUUGUGUGCUCGUGUGUGGAACGUGUUUCAUAACUUCGGCUAGAAGCGUAUAUUGGGGGGCGUAGCUCCGCGAGCAUAAUUUCCUGUGUCAUACGUCGAUUCCCGGGGCGUACCCGCGCACACCCUCGUCAUGUCUGGGCUCUACGCCUGCGCGUCGUCGUCCUUCCAGUCGGCAGGUCAAAUUCCCUUCAGCCCGACAUCGCCGGGUAAGAGAUCGCCUGGGCGGCCCAGGACCAUGAAAGAGUACGAAGAGGAUUUGGUUAAUCUGAAGAGGGAAAACUUCAAUUUGAAAGUGAGAAUCUAUUUCAUAGAGCAGAACCGCAUCGACCCUAACCUGCCCAAGGAUGUGGAUGAACUGCGUGGUCUGUUCACCGAUCUCAAAGUUGAACAUGAACUUACUAAAAAAGAUUUAUCAAGUAAGGAGGACUUAUUAAUAAAUACAUACAAAGCUUUGGAUGUCCAAAAACAGCAAUUAGAGGCUAUGAACAAUGAUUUUGACGCAUUAAAAACGGAGCAUGAACAGGAAAAGUUGGAGUUGCAGACUAAAAUUGAUGCUUUAGAAAAGGAGCUGAAGGAUUCGUACGCAAAAUUUAUGGAGACUUCUAUACAUCUUGACGACACUAACGCCAUGUACGCAAUGACUUUUGGUCUUGACAAGAAAGCGACAGAAUCCAAACAACCUAACCCCUCAGAGAUCAAGAUAAAAGAAUUGGAGAGUGAGUUAGCCAAAGAGAGAGAGCGUGUGUCCGUGUUGGAAGACAUGAUCAACGUACUGCAGGCAAAGAGUGCCAAGGAUAAAGGAUCUCUAGAACAAGUUCACCAGCAAGUCUGUAGCCUGGCAGAGGAACUGAAGGAGGCUGUGAGAGUGAAAAACGUUUAUCAUAAAAUGGUAAAAGAUGCACAUGAACAACUGAAGACCAAGAGUGAAUCCAUGGAGAGAGAAAUGGCAAUGAAGGAGAUGGAACUGGAAAACAAGAGACGUCAAUUGAAAAAUGUGCAGCGCAACUUAGACUUAGUGACUCGUGCUUCACAGGAGAAACAAGAACAAGCCGUCAACAUCUCCACUCAGACUGAAUUUGAGAAUAAUGCUCAGAGCAUUUUCCUGCAAAACGUAGGACUGAAGCAGGAGGUGAGGAAGCUCCAGAGACAGAUAGAGGAGCGAAGCACGCCGAGAUCGUCAAGGGAGCGUUCGACCGGCCGGCGCAGCUCUGACCUAGACAGAGAGCAAGCGAGACAACUGAGACAGGCUAAUGACAAGUUGGAGGAGUUGGCCAAGGAGAUAAAGGUCUUGAAGGAGAGAGAAGCCAAGAGCUCCAAGGGAUAUCGGCUGCAGGAUGCUGAAAGUUUUAUCCAGGCUUUAGUCAAGGAAAAUAAACUCCUGAAGAGGGAAGUGGAAGAGUUGAAGGCAGCCAAUCGUAAGCUUAGUGACAGGCGUGCAGACUUUGUCAAGGAAGAGGUUGUCAGAGAAAUUGAGGAUUUAAGAAAAAUGACGUCAGAUAAGGAUGUUCUGAUACAAGAACUCAACUACAAGAUACAGGAGUUGAAAGAAGUAAUAAUUGAAAAAGAAUGCACUCUUCAGGAGUACAAGAUGAAACUUGAGUCCAUUCCUCAUAGCAGUGACAGUGCCAACGGGAAAACCGAGUCUGAUCUAAAGAGCUCAGUUUGUAACUCCAACAACGAGGAACAGGAAAAACAGAGUUUAGUGAUGGAGUUAGAGGAGAAGAACAAGGAGGUGGAGUGUUUGAAGAAAGAGUUGAGGAAAAGGACUUUCAACCUACAAGGCUUAGUGAAUACGGAGUUGUGGGACAAGAAUCGGGAAAUCGAAAAGCUGAACAAGGUGUGUGAGCGGAGACAGCUGGAGGUGUUGGCGCUGAAGAAACAGUUGAGAGACUUCCAGGUGCAGGACAAGGUGACAACUCUGGUGGCUCCGAUGUCGCUGCAGAACUCUGGGAUCUUCCUGGAGGACAAGGAGAACCUCCAACCCCGAUCAGACACCAAGGAUUUACUACAACAGCUAGCUGAAGAGAAUCGACAACUGUCGAAGAAGGUGGAGGAGCUGCAGGCAAGGCUGUUAAAUACACCAGAACGCGAUGCAGACAGCCUGCUUGUACAGACGCUGCGAGCUGAGCGUGAUCAGGCGGAUAAGUUGCGUAAGGAGGCAGUGAAUGCCUGCGUACUGCUCACCACACGGCUCCAGGAACUGGCAGACUUCCUUGACUCCUUGCUGCCCUCCCUCUGUGGCAAGAAGCGUAGAGUUGUACAGCAGGCAGUGGAGCGUAGCAGAGAACUUUCCAGAUCUCUGUCGAUAGCAGCAGAAGAAUCGACUCUACAUCACUGUAGUGCCUGGACAGAGCUCCAGCCCAGCCUCUACGUCCCCCUGCUGCCCGACAUCUCCACUGUGGACUUCUGGAGCGGGGACGAGUGCCAAGAGGCGUUCUCAGACGGUGAGGAAGUCGCCAAACUCAAGUCUCAAGUUGAAACUCUGACCGAGGAAGUCAAACAAAGGGACGGAGAAAUAGCGAGAUUCCAAUCGGAGAAGAGUUUUGGGGACAACUUCUUGAAAUCAGCGUUCGGUAACAACGAACAACAGUUCAUGGACAAUACAGAAAGCAGAAUUAUAGAGGAGACGGAGUUUUGUGGCAACAUAGCGGACAUCACUGAGGGCUCUCUGGUGGAGACGAGUGAUCAGAACCAACCGACAAAACUGAACCCGGAAGUGAGGAGUGCCAACAUUGGCAAGAUAACUCUGACCAGCAAGAAGAAGAGUGUGAAAAGCUCACAGACUCCUGUCAGCUUGGAAGGAACGGUUAAGCACCAUGACGGGUUAUCUGAAUAUGAGACCUGGUCUGAGCCAGAUCGUGAUGUUUCCUACGCGCGGAUGGGACUGAAGGAAGAUCCGACCAAUAUGACUAAAUCCAUGCCAAACAACUUUGGUGACACUUCGGAAACAGCUGAUUCGGCACAAAAAUCACCCUCAUCUAGGAGAGGAAGUGAAAUCCAAAGACUACAACGUAAAAUUCGGAAUCUGGAACAAGUAAAUGAAGCUCUGCGAAGUGAGUUGGUAAUCUUGCAUCAGCUGACGCCUUCCGCACUGUCCAGACAGGACAAAACAACCAGCAUUGAGUUAUCAAGACAGAGUCAGUUUUGUGUCCCGUCCCACCUCCUGGAAGAAAUCCGGCACCAGAGGGAAAAACUGGAAGCCUCUCUGUUUCACAAUGAUUACAUAAGACGCCAGCUGGAGUCCACCGAUCCCUCCCUGAGGAGAAAUCAGGGGGAUGAUCAAGAGAAUGCAUCACUUGCACGGCUGAAAGAGGUCACUACCCAGUUAGAGUUAGCUGAGAGUGAAUUGUCUGAACUGAAAUCGGAAAAGGAAAAUUGGAACAAACAAGUGAACUUAUUGCAAACUACUUUGCAACAAAACUCAUCAGAGCUGAUUGAGAAACAACGUGCCCUGCUAGAGUUGGAGGACAAAACUGCUCAAAGAAUCAAAGAAGUAGAAGAAGUGUUUAGUAAAAAAUGUGCACAAUCUGAACAAAAAUGUUUGCAGCUGGAGCAGAAAUGGUUGGAUUUACGAAAUGAAAAAGAUGAGUUAUCAGCAAAAAUGUUAGAGAGCAAUCAGCACGUAAACAAGCUCUUAGCGGAUGUUGAACGAUAUGAACAAGAAGGAAUAAAGAAUAAAAAACUCCAAGAAGAUUUGAACAUUCAAAUCCAGCAAAUAAGCCAACAAAAAGAGGACCUUAAGAGGAUUGUUGCUGAGCAGGAACAGCUGUUGGCCGACGCUGAGAGAGAGCGGCAGGAGUUGGCGACCCAGCUGAUAGCUCGGGACCGUCAAGUGAGCGAGCUACAGAAGCGGCUCAGCUGUCUGGAGUUGAGCAGUGGCGAGCUGGAGAGAGCACUGCGCUCACAGCUGGACCUUGCACUCGACCAGUGCGCUCAGUUCGAGGCCAGGGUACGCGAUCUGGACAGCUCCAACAAGAGGCGGGACGAGAGCUCCGCAGUGGUGGAGGAGCUGCAGAGGCGGCUAGACGCAGCCAGGUUUGCGCACUCCGAGGCUGUGCUGCAGUACACUCGAGUGGCCAACGAGAACAUAAAGCUGCAGCAAGAGUUGCGGCGCAGACAACACGAACCUAACCAAGUGGCGAUAGUGGAGCGGAUCAAGUGUGAGUUGGAGCGGCGGGUGGCAGAACUGGAGGCAGUGAACUUGGAGCUGGAGUCGAAGUUGGCCAGUCUGAACCUGGUGAAGCCCCACUACUCGGACUACGAGACGGAUGGGGGUUCCAGUGUAGCGGGCAGUCCCCGCCGCCAACACCCCCCACCACUACUCAUGCCCUCUUCCCCGCCCUCGUACAAGACUCAGCGCAGCCAAGAUCUCACGUCAGAUUACAUCUCUGACCAAGAAGUGGCUUUGUCUUCCCCUCAGACACAAGCACGGACCAUGUGGUACCCCACAUCUCCUCAUUCUCAUGCCAGUGCAUCCCCCGACCUUGGUAUUGAAAGUGACCAUGGACGUCUGUCUAGCCUGGAAACUCAUGCAUCUAAGUCAACAAUCAUGCCAUUAGGACCUCCAGCCAAGGACUUCCUGAAGCUCGAAGAAGAGAACACUCAACUGCGUCAUAACCUGCAGAAGACCAGGUUCGCACUGGAGGAGACUUUAGCUCAACUCACUGCUGCCAACCAACACAAGCGGCAGUACAAGGCUCAGCUCAGUGCUGCCAACCAACACAAGGCCGAAGUCGAAAGGGCUAUCUGCCAUCAAAUAGACAAAACUCACAGCAUUCUGAAAAAAGCCCGUGUCAACCUGGAAGAAAAUAGCAAAAGCAAACGUUAAGAUCUGUUUGGUACAAUACUCUAUUGUGCUUACAUCUUUUUAACAUGAUACCAGUUAAUUCUGUCCAAUUUAUUUUAAUUUUAAUUGUUUAAUGAUUGUUGAGAGUUUAUUGAAUUACUUUUCCCAUGAAACACUGAGUUUCGGACUACUUACCUUGCCUGAUUUGAUGUUAUUACUUUAUUUAUUGUUAUUACCAAAGAGAAAUCUGUUAAUUUCUUUGAAGUAAAUCUUUUAACCCUUUGAGUGCUAAAGUGUUUUAUAGGUUAUGUGCCAUACAUGAGUAAUGAGCACCGAGUGUCUUUUAAAACUUAAGUGCCAAAUUCAAAAUAGGCUAGUGCCAAAAAUUAUUCACUUGUUAAAGGUAAUUGAAAGUAUAUAAAAUUAUACUUUAAUAUGAUAACUUUUAAUUACUAAAUAUAGUAAAGUGUUUUAAAUUAGCAUUUUCCUAGUAAAUAUUUUAAUUUAUUAUUUUUAAAUUAAUUCAAAGUGUUUAUUGUGUAAAAUCUAUCUCACUUCUAUGUCAAGCUGGGAACAUGUAUUGAAAAUGUUAGGAAAAUAAUGUAAAUAAUUUACAUUACGUUGGAUACAAAAUUAAUUAUAGAAGAAUUCCUCAAAUUAGUAUUAACUUGUAGUAUUACAUAAUAAAAUAAUACUGAUUAUAUGACAACAGUUUAUUUGUUUAUAUAAUUUGUUUACUAACAUAUUGCUCUGGCUCUUAUCACAUGUAAUAAUUGCUAAUAGUGUUAAGCAAAGAUCUUUCACAUUAUUUUGAAUCAAUUAUUAAUUUUUUACAUUAAAUGAAAUUUACUUGUAUACUCAUAGUAGAAAGAAAAUUCUUGUGGCUUCCGUUGGUCCAAAAUUAUUGACCCGUGGAAUACACAAGAGGCAUUCAAAGGGUAGUUCUUUGAUAAUUUAGUAUUAGUAUUAAUAUUUCACAUGGCUUUGUUUUAAUUUUAAUCCCUUAUUUGGUUUACUCAGUUUUUUUUUUUUUGUGGCUGAUUUUGGUUGUUGUAAUACAAGAAACUAGAGUGUGCUCAUUGUUGUGCCAAUUAUAAUUAAGUGCCUACAAAUAUUACAAUUACAGUUUAUCAUGAAUUGAACAAACAGAGCCGUAACAAACAUUUGUAAUAAAACUAAUAUGCCUAAAAAGUAUACUGCAAUACUUUUUGUAAACUAUUAAUAUGUUUAUAUAGUUGAACAUAAUUGUAAAUGUAUAUAGUGCCUUAAGCUGUGUUAAUAUUUUUAUAAUUUUUGUAAAAAAUAUUAAAUUAUUACAAUUUUUA